UCACUCUAAUCUGGCUAGCUCCGGAUAAGCGGUCAGUUUUAAAAUGGAGGGAAAACAACAGGCAAAGUGCGAAAUAUGUCAAUUUGAAGACAACGAUGAGGUGGUCUACGGCGAGUGGAUGGUCUCAAGGCAGCUGCACGUGCACUACUAUUGCCUGCUCCUCUCAACCAAUUUGCCGCAGCGCGGCAGCGAUUCCAGUGGAAUCCUGGGCUUCCUGAUGCGCGACAUCCGCGAGGAGGCGGCCGCCGCAAGGAAGCGGAAGUGCUACUACUGCCAGCAGAUGUCGGCCAGUAUCCAGUGCCAUGGCUGCCGGGUGUUCUUCCACUUGAAGUGUGGACUGAACAAUCAGUGUGCCUUCGAGUUCACUGGCAUGUACCACAGCUACUGCGACUCCUGCGUACCGAUGGAUGACUACAAGCGGGAAGUAUUGGCCAAUCCGCCCCAGCAACGUCUGUGCGACAUAUGCUUAGUUCCGAUCCUGGUGUUCAAAAUGUUCCAAAUUACCUACGGGGACUGCUGUCGCCGGGGAUUCGCCCAUAAGUCGUGCAUGCGACGUUACGCCCUGACCUCCGGAUAUUACUUGCGCUGCAUUUGGUGUCGGUCGAAGAGUUUCCGGGACUCGAUACGCCUGCAGUCGGUAUUCGUGCCGGAUCGCGAUGCCUUGUGGGAGAAGCAGCGGAAUGCCUACAGGGAGCUCCACGACCGCAACUUACGGUGCGGCGAGAGCAACUGUCUGUGCCCUAAUGGCAGGUUUUAUAACAAAUCCUCCUGGGUGAUUCUGUCCUGCAAAUUGUGCGGCUGCAUGGGCGCACAUACCAAGUGCCUGGCAGGCACCAUGCGAAUGUCCAAGGGAACACAGCCCACCGAAUUCAAGUGCUCCACUUGCCUGGAACUGGAAAGAAAUAUCGCCGAACGGCCGGCGCGCAGUUCGAAUGCCUCCAUCACUGGCGCCGAGGGCAACGUGAAUUCCUCCUUUUACGUGAAGAAAAUUGGCCCGGAAAUCCCGGCUCUGCCCGAUACCCAGGCUCCUAUCUUUUCCGACGACGACGACUACGACACGAGUUCCAAUUCAAGUAACAUCACUGUGAUCGCCAGCCAGUUGCAAACCAAGGCCACGAGUGAGACUCCACCACCAAAUAUCGAACCGUCUAUAAUCGAGAUUCUGGACUCCCCACAGUCACAGUCUCCAAUCGUGAGUCCUGACUUGCCAGUGUUAGCAACCAACUUUCUUGACUCGCCACAAUCGGAGAUAGAAGUCAAUAGUCCUGACUCGCCACAGCCACAGUCAGCAGUCAACACUCCAGUCUCUCCAGAGCCUGAGCUGAAAGAGGAUCCUAAUACCUUACUAGUGCUAAAGAGGUACUUCCGCUUCGCCGAAGAGCCCUUCUUCUACCUGGUCAUCUACGAGUUUGAACAGGGCACAUGCGUGGGAAAGUGCACUGGUUCCUGCGUAUUGCGAUUCAACGACGACGACCCCCGCAUCCAGGACAAAUCACAGAAAGCAUUGCAGCGCGUGAAGAUAACACCAGACGAUGUGUGGUGUCGUGACAAGGACACCGGCAUCUUCGGCCAGAUCGAUAGGUUCCACCAAAUGCUUAAAUCAAAACCUGAACGGAACUGAAAUCUCUUAUACGUUCGGAUUGAGGCCAUAACGUUACAUUGUUAUUAUGAAAAGCCAGCCAUUAUAUAUACUUAUUUUCCGAUCAAAGCCAUAUACUUUAUCA